UCCUAGUCAACCACAUCCGCGAACGACUGCCCCUUUGUCUUUCGUCACAGAUUCUGUUACGGAAGAUCUCCCUCGAGAAAUGGGAUCUCCGGCGGCCGACCACCUCGAGCCGUGGCGCGACCUCCGCGGCAAGGUGGUGAUGGUGACCGGCGCCUCCUCCGGCCUCGGCCGCGAGUUCUGCCUCGACCUGGCGCGCGCCGGCUGCCGCGUCGUCGCCGCCGCGCGCCGCGUCGAUCGGCUCAAGUCCCUCUGCGACGAGAUCGACGGCCUCGGCUCGCCGCCGGGCGCCGAGGCCGGGUCGGGCGGCCGGCGAGCCAUGGCGGCGGAGCUCGACAUCGCGGCCGGCGGGGCCGCCAUCGAGAGGUCCGUGGGGAGGGCUUGGGAUGCGUUCGGGCGUAUCGAUGCGCUGAUUAACAACGCCGGGGUUCGCGGAUCUGUAAAAUCUCCACUAGAUUUGUCUGAGGAGGAAUGGAAUCAUAUUUUCAAGACAAACCUGACAGGAUCAUGGCUGGUGUCAAAAUAUGUGUGCAUACGCAUGCGUGAUGCUCACCAGGGUGGAUCCAUUAUCAAUAUUUCCUCUAUUGCUGGUCUGAAUCGAGGACAACUUCCUGGGGGCAUUGCAUAUGCUUCUUCAAAGGCAGGCCUAAAUACUAUGACAAAGGUCAUGGCCCUGGAACUUGGGGCACACAAAAUCAGAGUGAACUCAAUUUCGCCCGGACUUUUUAAAUCUGAGAUCACGGAGGGUCUCAUGCAAAGGGACUGGCUGAAUAAUGUGGCUGAGAGAACCGUCCCCCUGAGAACAUUUGGGACCUCUGAUCCGGCUUUGACGACGCUCAUCCGCUACUUAAUUCACGACUCCUCGGAGUACGUCACGGGCAACAUUUUCAUCGUCGAUGCGGGGGCCACCUUGCCAGGAGUCCCUAUCUUCUCUUCGCUAUGAAGGGUAUGACACCGGUACUUUUCCAUGUGGCGAGGCAAUCCCAAACAAAUUAUCAGAGUUCCUUUGCUGCGGGAUCUUAAGUGUUCUUAGUUCUACUAUGUUUACUUGGAUCUAAGUGUUGCUAAUAUAUGUGUUGAUAAUGAAUAAUCUGGCUUCAGCCAUUUGAAUUCCACCGGUACUGCAAUCAAACAUUAUUAGGUUGUGAUUCUAAGAAGAUGAGCACAACCCUGACUA